AUGGCAGCCGAAGUGCAGCCGCUGGCGACGCUCAAGUUGCCCACGGUCGUCAGCCCCAUCACGGCCGAGCAGCGCUACUGGAAGUCCUUCAAGAACCAGAAAUCACACACCUCGACGGCAGCAUGGCCCAUCUCGCACAUCAGCUUCCCCGGCUCCAGCAACGGCUCGGCCGCCUCGCACUCACUCGUCACCGCCGCCAAGACCAACGACCUCUUCGCCGUCACCUCGGGUCCCCGCGUCGACAUCUUUUCCAUCCGCAAGCGCGAGCUGCUCAAGACCAUCGGCCGCUUCGACUCUCAGGCCCACAGCGGUGAGAUCCGCGCCGACGGCCGCGUUCUCGUAGCCGGCGAGGACUCCGGCAAGAUGCAGGUCUUCGACGUCGGCACCGGCACCCGCGCCGUCAUCCUCAAGACCUGGCACGUCCACAAGCAGCCCGUCUGGGUCACCAAGUGGUCGCCCGCCGAGCUGACGACGCUCAUGUCCUGCUCCGACGACAAGACGGUCCGCUUGUGGGACCUGCCCUCCAACGCGCCCUCGCGCCUGUUCGCCGGCCACCAGGACUACGUCCGCAGCGGCGCCUUCAUGCCCGACCGCAACAACCUCCUCGUGUCCGGCUCCUACGACUCGACCGUCCGCGUCUGGGACGCCCGCGCCCCCGCCGGCUCCGUGCUGACCUUCAAGCACGCCGACCCCAUCGAGGAAGUCCUCCCCUUGCCCGGCGGCACCACCCUGCUGGCCGCCACCGGCUCCGCCAUCUCCGUCCUCGACCUCGUGGCCGCCAAACCUCUACGCCUCAUUACCAACCACCAAAAGACCGUCACGUCACUCAGCCUCGCCUCCAACGGCCGCCGCGUCGUCUCCGGCUCUCUCGACGGGCACGUCAAAGUCUUUGAAACCACCAACUGGAACGUCGUUUCCGGCUCCAAGUACCCCUCGCCCAUCCUCUCUCUCUCCGUCAUCGCCGCUGGCGCAGGGCACGAAGACCGCCACCUAGCAGUCGGCAUGCAAUCCGGCGUUUUGUCCUUGCGCACCCGUUUGUCAGGCGCCACGGCGGAGAAAGCCCGCGCCCGCGCUGCCGAAGACGCGCUCAUGGUCUCUGGCGCCACCAGCAAGCUCGCCAAGAUCGACUCCGCCAAAGCCAAGCGCAAGCGCAACGCCGCCUCCAACAAAUCCAUGGCCUUGCUCGGCGAAAACGUCGACGUGAUCAUCCCCACCGACGCGACCAACUCCGCCGGAGGCCGCAAGCGCCGCGUCAAGCUCAAGCCGUGGCAGCGCGACUUUCGCGAGGGCCGGUACGCCGCCUGUCUGGAUGCCGUGCUCGACUUGUCUUCGCCCGAGUACCAGCCUGUGACUGCCCUGUCCGUGUUGGUGGCGCUGCGCCACCGGUCUGCCCUCCGCGAAGCCCUGGAAGGUAGAGACGAAGUUACUGUUUUGCCUUUGUUGAAGUGGGUCAUCAAGUACAUCUCCGAUCCGCGGUACGCGACUGUGUGCGUGGACGUGGCGUUCCAGCUGUUUGAUAUCUACAGCGAGUACGUGGGCGGCAGCUCGGAGCUGGCGGAUCAGUUUGCUGUGAUGACGGGUAAGGUGAGCAGGGAGGUGGAGAAGGCGCAGAUGGCAAUUAUCACAAAUGGUAUGGUGGAGAGUUUGAUGAUUGGUGGUGCUGAGGCUUAGGAAGCUGAGCCAGCAUCGGACAAGGCCCUCGAGGCUGCUGUUUGAUCAGAAGAAGGUGGUGGUUGGAAGGGGAAGGGGAGGAAAGAUAUGGAUGAGUUGUGUGGAUGGGUGGAAUAAGAAAGAUGUAAAGAACGGAUGGGAUGUGUUAUACCACAAAGCAGGAAGGACGCGGAAGGGAAAAAAGGAGAGGGUAAAGGAUCCCGGAUGUGUUGGUUCGGUUUGGUUCGGUUAGGUAUCAUGGUUUUUUCUUGAUAUCAAGCCCUGCAUGGCGUCGGCGUUCAAACAUCCUUUUUGGCUUUUUGUACUAAUCUGGGCUCACAAAAGUAUACAUACGGUUACAUAAAAUAAGGGGUUGGGACUAGAUACCUCGAGAUAGAUACCUUAGGAGAAUCAGUAAAAGCC